GAAGCCAUUAAAAAAAAUUUUUUUUGCUUCAGGGGGCUAUUUAAAUUUUUCAGGGGGCUCGAGCCCUUGCGCGCCUCCCUUAGCGACGCCACUGAUCUCAAGGCAAUUUUCACCAUACCAAUUUUUUUACACGUACGGCUUCGCUAUUUGAAUUUAUUCUCAGAUUAUUUUGAUGCGUCUAAUUUUAAUAAAGCGUCCAACCUUGCUCAGUUAUUAUUCUAAUGCUUUUAGCCCUAGUUAAAUCAUGCAUUAUCAUUUGUUUGAUAUAUUGUUGGAAUAUCAUCAUAGUUGCCUCAUCAAAUUCUAUUGUUUUUAAUUCAUAUAAAAAUUAUGAUAUAACAUUUUGCUUAAUAUACACAAAUUGGGAAUAUAAUUCAAAAUUACAAUUGAAAAAUUUAAAGAAGCUCAAGCUUCUACACAAUUACAAAAUACAUUUCUCCACUUUAAAAUAUUCAAGUGAAUAUGAUUAUAAUAAAAUAUUUAAAGAAUUAGAAAAUAUUCCAUCAUAUUACUUAUUUUAUGGCAAUUAUCCAACUAUUCAUUAUCAAGGCUCUCAAAAUAUCAAAUAUUUAAAUCAAUAUUUACAUAAUAUAUUAUAUGAACCUUUUAUUCAUAUUCGUAAUAUAAAUGAUAUACAAAUAUUAAAUUCAUAUUAUCAAUAUACCUUAAUAUAUCACUCUCCUUCAUUUAAAGAAACUUAUUUUGAUGAUUUCUUACAUGAAAUAUUAAAAUAUAAAUCAAAAGGAGAGGCAUUAAAUACCAUUGGAUUUGGGUUGAGCACAAAUUUUAAGCUACAAAAUAAAAUAUAUCCUGGUUAUAUCAAUAAGACAUUUUUUAUAUUUUUUGAUUCCUAUAAAAAACAAGAAUUAUUGAUUGAAACAAAUAAACCAUUUGAUGUUUUAAAAUGGCUUCAAAAUCAUGCUGAGAAAAAAAUAGAGUUUUUAACUGAGAAGGAUAUCUCCAACUACAAUUCAUACAACAAGGGAGAUGAGACCUCUUUGCUGUUACUUGUCAACUUUAGCAAUACGUUUUUCGACAAUACGAUUAACCUGAUGCAUACUAUUUACGACAUCUACCUUUACGCCAUUUCCGAUUUUGACGUUACCAACAACUAUUCUUUCAAACAUUCCUUUUACACGCUCGGCCCUAAUAACCCUCUAGAACGUUUCAACGAAUCGUUAUCUUACUGCCUAGCUAUUCGUCAUCCAUUUGCUUCCGCCAAUUUUCAAUGCAAGAACCUGCACCACGAUUAUUUACGAUCCUUUGCCACCGUAAAAAACGAGGAAAAGCGUUGCCCAAACUUGGAAACUCUAUACCAUGCGCUUCGCAAUAAUAGCCAUGAGUAUAUCGAACCUCCAUAUUAUUAUGAAUCGAGUUUUUACUCGCCCCAUACCUUGUUAAUCUAUUACCCUAAAAUAUUGCAUAAACUUUACAUCGAAUCCAUACGUGAAAGCUUAUCUAAUCGCGAAUUUUCCUGGAAAAGAAAUUCUCCCUUGGAAACAAGAGCCUUACAAUUUUGCCAAAAAUUGUUUAACGACUAUCGGACUGCGUCUAGCGAAAUCUACAUAGUCAGUAAAACAAUUACCCAUCUCGAAUCUAUCGUGGCUCAAAUUCGAAAAAGUUUUAAAAAUAUUAAACACACGAAAUUGCAUUUUAAAAUACUCGAUACGUCUUUGCUAGAUGGCGCUCACUCUUUCUUUUUGGGUGUCGACGAUUUCAAUUCGUUGAUCAAAGAUAAUCCCUCCGUUUUGAUAAUAGAUGAAAAAGUUCGGACGAAAUAUUUGCUUGAACACCAAGAUUUCAAUCCCAAUAAUCUAGUUAAAUUUAUACUGGAUUAUGCAAACGGUUUGUUGCCGCGUUUUAUGAUAUCCGAAAUUUUACCCGCCCCUCCUAUAUCAAUGCAAAACAAUAUCGUCGAGUUAAACAGCGUCAACUUUGAAUCCAUUAUUUACCAGGCUUCCAAAAAUGUGAUAGUGAUGUUUUACACCCAUUAUUGUGGCUAUUGUUUAUCCGUAACCAACAUUUUCAUGUUAAUUGCUCAUCAAUCCCGUGAGAAUAAGAAUACUCUAUUUUCAAGGAUAAAUUUAGCCAAAAACGAACUUCCCAAAAAAUACGGAGUCAAAUAUUAUCCUACUUUGAAAAUUUAUCCCGCUUUCAAUAAGAAUCAAACCGUUACCUACCCAAUUUCUUCGCCGUGGAAUGAUCGUGAACUUCGUAAUUUCAUUAAAAUCAGCAUUCGGAACAACAAUUUGAAUAUAGUCGGAGCCGUUCUUAAAAAUUAUCACGACAAAACCUUGAAACAAAGAUUUUAUGAUAUACCUAAUAGUACCCAUUUCAUUGAUAUAAGUACAAAUGCCAAAAAUUCCUUAGUUAAUCAGGGACACAUGAUCAAAAUAUCAUUUUUAAUUAAAAAGCAAAUCCUAGCCAAUUUAUUAUAAUUUUAUCUUUGUUUUUUUUUAAAGUAGCAAAUCGUUGUUUGAUGAUUACCACACUUUAGAAAAAAAUCUGAUCCACAGGGAUCAAUCCUUCCCUCUAUGCAUUUUAUAUGUUUUUUAAAUAAAAAACCAAUUAGCGAGGCGAGGAGUUCGAACCCUAUAAUCAUUAAUAAAAUAAUGAGUAAAGGUGUAAAUUUCAAUUCAAACAUAUCAAUGCGGUUGUAAAUUUUGUUUGUAUAUAUAUAUUAUUUUUUACGCUCAAAGAAUUAUGUGUGAUUUAAUAUAUUAAAUAAUCAAUUAUAAUUUUUAAAACAAAUUUUACCUGGUGGGGAAUACAAUAUUAUAAAUUAUUAAAGUAAAGUGAUUUUUUUUAUCCAA